AUUCAUAUUUUGGCUGGAUUCAAGGGAACGGAGGCUCUUGAACGAAGUCAACACAAUUUUUUUCUGACACAUACGUCCUUAUCUGAGCUAACUCAGGUCUAAAAUUAAUAUCUCGGUUUAAUGUUUGGUAAUAUGGAUGUUUAUUAACUAUAAAAUCCCUGUUUAUUAACUGUAAAAUGAUUUUACCAGUUCUUUUUCUCUCGGUUCUUUUUUUUUUUGUUUCAAGUACUGAUGCAAUUUAAAUAGACGUUUACUUAAGUUUACAUGUAUAAUACGUACAUAGAUGCAACUCUAUUUGUCCGCCUGUACUUCACUAAGGUACCAUUUGUUUUGGCAUGACCGGUUGCCGGUCAUGAAAAAAAAAGUUACGCAUGCGCCAACAGCUCAUUUAUAGCUUCGUGAUUUAAAUUUAGAAAUGGUAUCUUUAGUUAGGUAUAUUAAUGGAGAUCUCUAUUCUUUAAUCAAACCUAUCAUUUACAAGACGUAAAGGCGUUAAAUGAUGUUCUAGCCUCUUGUGAACUUAAUUCGCAUACAUUCGAGUUCUUCAAGCUGUGACGUCAAGCACGACGAAAAGUAGAGGGAAGCAAGCUUUUUUACUCACACAGUGAUCAGUAGAUAGUGAUAAAACAAGAUGCAUAAGGAAAACACAUGUUAUUUAUUAAAUAACAAAAUAAAAUUCUAACAGGUCUUUACUGGACAUGAGACAAUAGACGAAUUCUUUAGUAUCCACUGCGCUGGCGUACUAACAUAACGAAUUAUGCCGACGCUCCAUUAGAACGACGAAAUUCAUUGUCUGCCGUUCCCAACACAGGAUCGCUCGUACUCAUCCGAAGUAACAAUCAAACAUCGACGAACAGAAACACCUAUAUUAACAUGUUCCUUUAAAGACUUAUAUCCAUAGCAUAAUUAUCACAAGCACGCUCCACUGUCGGCAACCAGCCAUCGUGACGCCAAGGGGCAUUUGACAGCGGCUCGUUUCUUGGAACGCAGUCUUAGUGACGCGUCAACAACGAAGCCGAUCAGCGCUGGCGCACCAGUCAACGCGCGUUUACGUAUCCUCCAUCCCUCUUUUUCUUUCUCACCCAUGGCUGAGGCUUUAGGUAUCGUCUACAUCGAAGACGCUUGGAGCGUGUCACUUUUUAUAUCGAACACGCAAACUGCAGACACGAUGCAAACGUCAAAGUGGUCCACAAUGGCGUCCGUUAGACGGAGCCACUGUAGUCAACAUCCAAGGUCCAUCCCUUUCCCUCGCAUGGCUACGGAAACAUAUGUAGGCCCCUCUUCUAUACGUUCUGUGAUUUGCCCUUGCACAGCGACAGCUUUUGAGACAUAAUUCGUAUAGUUAGGGGACUAAUCUGACUAGGUUCACUGUCUAAAUUUGAAACGAAAUAGAGUUUAGACCCCUUUUGUGUCUGUCGGUUAUCAAUAGGCGUAUACACACAGCAGAUAUAAUCCGGAUCUGAUCUGGUUAGCAAUGGUCGACAGCAAACACAGUUACAGUCGAAGAAGAAAGCUAAAAUAGUUGAUAGCAGGUUUCGACCUGAUUCGUUUGAAGUCUGCAUAAAACAGUUUCCUCGGUGUCUAAAGAUAACGUCGUCAUCUUUCGCUGUGAACUCUACCACCGAUAUCAUGACGAAUGGCGCAUGUGUCGAAGUUUAAGAGCAUUAUGUCCUUUGCAGUUCGUUCCUUACGGACUAUGUCCUAAAAAUUCUAUCGGUUUUUAACGAGCCUAUAGCUAUCACUCACUUCCAAAAUAUGUCGGUGAAAAUUAUUUCACCUCAGAACAUUUCCUCUUACUGUUAGUUCGUUUUUUGAUAGUUGCUUUUAAUUAAUAUUUAAAAUUUCAACGGAAUUCUGAUGUAAUGAUUAUAUUAAGUUAUGGCUCAUUGACGCAGAUGCUCUAAAACUAUACGAAAAACAACACGAAUAUAAGCUUGUAUGAAUAAUCCUUAUUUCGGCCCUUCGUCCUUGCUCUGAUUGCAUGCCGUCCUUUUUUUCGUCAGAAUCAAACUACCGCAGUUCAUGGGCAGGUCGGGCUUCGCCAUCGCCCCCGCAUGGGGUAGGCGGCGUCGCUGGAGCAGGCGUCCUUGGCAGUGGUCAGAUUCAACUGUGGCAAUUUCUCCUUGAGCUGCUCUCCGACUCGUCAAACGCGAGUUGUAUCGCAUGGGAAGGCAGUAAUGGAGAAUUCAAACUCACUGAUCCUGACGAAGUUGCCCGGCGUUGGGGCGAACGAAAAUCCAAACCCAACAUGAGCUACGACAAACUCUCCAGGGCCUUGCGCUACUAUUACGACAAAAACAUCAUGACAAAGGUGCACGGUAAGAGAUACGCUUACCGCUUCGAUUUUCAGGGUCUGGCUCAGGCAACACAGCCGCAGGGUCCCUCGACUUCGCUGGGGGUAAGUCCGUCUUCUCUGGACUCCGUGUCCGGCAUGGUGGCGUCCUCCAUGGGCAUGAGCUCUUCUUCUGUUGGAGCAAUGGGCACUGCCGUUGGAAGCGUUGCAUCUGCGGCCGCUCAUCAUUCUGCUGGUUACCACUUACCGAGUAGGUACCAUCAGUAUCACCAGGCGCCAGGAUCAAUGACAGCUGCCCACAGCGAGCUUUUCGGCCAAUCGGCGAGUUCUUACCACGCGGCAGCUCAUGCCAAACUACAUUUCAAUUCAGCUUCCAGCAUUUUUGCUCCCAAUUACUGGUCUACCAAUGGGAGUGUAUGGGAGCCUCCUACGUGUAACAGUAGUAGCUAUGGCGCCUCAUCCUACGGAGGCUGCCCAUGGCCCACUAGCUCCACGAGUAUGGCCAGUUCAUCCUCGUUUUCCGAGUGACACCGAUUGUUACCGUUCGGAACGCGACAAAUGCCCCACUAACAGAAAUCUGCUCGAAAACGGAUUUGUCAAGCAAGAGCAGAAUCUGGUAUACUUGUCUCCGAGAAAUUCACCGUUCCCUUCUUCUGUCUAUAAUCACAAGGUGGAUAUGAUCAGAAUGAAGGGCCAUACUGGUUCAUACUCAACGUGUCCGCGCCCGCAGGUACCAUGAAACUCAACACAGAGUAAGCAGAAUGUCCUAAAAGGAGGAGUGUAACGUCAGCGAUUGCGCUGUUAUAUGGUGUGCGACGCGACAUGGCAGUAAAGUCCUGAUAUAGCUUUUGGGCCCUUCACAAAGAAUUCCAUUAUUUCAGGAAAGCCAAGUCCUGCUGAACUGCGAAAGCUGAACGUAGCAGGCAGUAACGUUCACACUUAGUCAUAGAACAUCGUCAAUGCUAAAAUGAACUUGAAGACUGAAUGUAAACAGAUGUUUAUUUUAGUUUUCAUCGCACACCUGCCAUCUUAGACUGUGAUAUUUUCCAUCCAGAAGAAAACUAACUUAAGGUCCUGAUCGUGAUUCCGGGCUAACGCCAUACCAACGUUGUCCCGAUGAAGCGAUCGUUCCGCCACAAACUCAGGCCACAAACUCUCAGGCCUCACGAUCGCAUCAUUUCCGUGUAUCAUACAUAAUACUAAUAAAUAUACAUAUAUAUAUAUUAAACGUAACAUGAAAAAAGAAAGCGUUCGAAUGAAUGAUUUGGCAUGACGAAAUGCUAAAUAAAAUCCGGCUCAACUGAUGGGGGCCACGCAAUGAAAUUUAUAGAAACAGAAAAUAACAAUGAAAACGAGCGUUGCCAUGAAUUGCCAAUAACAACCAUUGACUAUUAGGAUAUCAUAUGUAUGAUAAUGAUGAAUAUAAUAUAUUUGCAAUAAU